UCUAAUAUCUCCUACUCUAGCUUACCCGAGAAAAGCAAACCCUAAAACAUUCAUCUCCUCUACUCAUUUCACCCUCCCCUUCACGCACGCGGCGGCUGGCUCCCCUAAGAGCCAAGGCGUUUUUUUGCCUAGGCCACCGUAAAUCGGUGGUCGUUCCCCUCUAUCUAUCACCCAACACGACGCCGGAAACCCCACCCCCGCCGACAAACCCCUACGAAAUCAGGCCCUACUCUGAUCUUUUCUCCCCGGCCGAGAGGUCCAAAGCUAUGGUCCCGAUGAAGCCUAACACUAGCCUAACACGACCCUCAACCUCUCCCCGACGACUCCUCCGGUCCCGAUGAAGCCCGACAGCAGCAAGACAUUGGUUCUAUCUUGUCAAGCAGCAUGGCAAGCUCUCCAUCAAUGUCAUUCAUUUCCACAUUGGCUACUUGUGCUCUCCCAGUUAAAACAUUUACACAUGUUGAGCUUGAGAAAGCGACAAACAAUUUUAGUUCUAUUAGAAGAUGACUUCACUGCAAAGGUCUCAGAUUUUGGUUUAGCAAGGGAAGCAACUGAAGGAUCCCAUCACAUUUCCACCCGAGUCAUGGGAACUUUUGGGCAAUGUCUGAACUUGAGAACCCAAUGCAUGCCGACCUCAGUGCUGCUAUAUCCGGAAAGAGAGGCAUGAUAUGUGAGUGUGUUCUUUCAGAGUUCAAGGUGCUGGUAUCAACGUGUGGAGGAGCUAAUGAGAAAUGCAGAGCUGAUCAGCUACUGAAAGGUCUCCUGGUUAUGCGAGGCAACCCUUCUGAACGAUUGAUAGGCCUACCAACUACAAGAAAGUUGGCACUGAAAAACAAGAUUGUGUUUGGAACUGGCGAUUACUGGCAUGCUCCAACUUUGACCGCAAACAUGACAUUUGUGAGAGCAGUAGCUCAGACGGGGAUGUCUUUGGUUACUACUUACUAUCGAGCAUAAACCACGGGCUUUAACUGGUCACUAGUUGUACUAACCAGUCGGACAUGCUGGUAAGAGGAAAUCCAUUUUUAAAGCACUCUAGGGCUAUGUUUAUGGUUCUCUCUCAUAUAUGGUUUGACCAAACUUGCAUUUCACUAACAGUCAACUGUUUUGAUCAGAAAGAGAUAUUUCAAUUAAUUAAGUAGGCUGACCUAAGCUUAACUUGCUAUUACC